GCAUUGCCGCUUCCCCUGGUACCCGGAGCAGCAGUCGACGCUGCCGCCAGCCCCGCGCCUGGGACCCCCGCCCGCACCCGGGAUUCCCCCUACCCGGGGCGCCAAGGCCAGAUCUCCCGAAGCUUCUAGAAGAAAAGUAGGUGGACUUUCCUGAGUUAUCCUGGCUCUUCGUCUUAGCCCCCACAACCUGGCUCCCCUCUCCUUUCCUAUUCCCCUGCUCCCCAUUUCCCUUCCCCAUGUAUCCAACUGAAUUGGCCAGCACUCCUCACCCUCUUUUCCCCUCCUAGACUUUCCUAUUUUCUCAUUCCGUGGCUAGAGAUAUUUGAACACACUUCAUCUAAGUACCUGGAGGAAGGAGGUUUUCUGACUUCACAAAUCCUUGAACAAAAUCUGAAUAAGGAGCAGGGAGUGGAGGAGGUAUAGUGAAGCAUUCCCAAAGACAUCAUGGAAGAAGGCUUCAGAGACCGGGCAGCUUUCAUCCGUGGGGCCAAAGACAUUGCCAAGGAAGUCAAGAAGCAUGCGACCAAGAAGGUGGUGAAGGGCCUGGACAGAGUCCAGGAUGAAUAUUCCCGUAGAUCCUACUCCCGCUUUGAGGAGGAGGACGAUGACGAUGACUUCCCUGCCCCUGCUGAUGGCUAUUACCGUGGGGAAGGGGCCCAGGACGAGGAGGAAGGUGGCGCAUCCAGUGAUGCCACUGAGGGCCACGAUGAGGAUGAUGAGAUCUAUGAGGGGGAAUAUCAGGGCAUCCCCCGGGCAGAGUCUGGGGGCAAAGGCGAGCGGAUGGCAGAUGGGGCUCCCCUGGCUGGUGGGAGGGGGGGCUUGGGUGACGGGGAGGGCCCCCCUGGCGGCCGGGGGGAGGCGCAACGGCGGAAAGAACGGGAAGAACUAGCUCAGCAGUAUGAAGCCAUCCUCCGGGAGUGUGGCCAUGGCCGCUUCCAGUGGACACUCUAUUUCGUGCUUGGCCUGGCACUGAUGGCUGAUGGUGUCGAAGUCUUUGUGGUGGGCUUUGUGCUGCCCAGCGCUGAAAAGGACAUGUGCCUGUCAGACUCCAACAAAGGCAUGCUAGGACUUAUAGUCUACCUGGGCAUGAUGGUGGGAGCCUUCCUCUGGGGAGGUCUGGCUGAUCGGCUGGGCCGGAGGCAGUGUCUGCUCAUCUCGCUUUCGGUCAACAGCGUCUUCGCCUUUUUCUCAUCUUUCGUCCAGGGUUAUGGCACUUUCCUCUUCUGCCGCCUCCUUUCCGGGGUUGGGAUUGGAGGGUCCAUCCCCAUUGUCUUCUCCUAUUUCUCGGAGUUUCUGGCCCAGGAGAAACGUGGGGAGCAUUUGAGCUGGCUCUGCAUGUUUUGGAUGAUUGGUGGAGUGUAUGCCGCUGCCAUGGCCUGGGCCAUCAUCCCCCACUACGGAUGGAGCUUUCAGAUGGGGUCCGCUUACCAGUUCCACAGCUGGAGGGUGUUUGUCCUUGUUUGCGCCUUCCCUUCCGUGUUUGCCAUCGGCGCACUGACCACACAGCCGGAGAGCCCCCGCUUCUUCCUGGAGAACGGGAAGCAUGAUGAGGCCUGGAUGGUGCUGAAGCAGGUUCAUGACACCAACAUGCGAGCCAAGGGCCAUCCUGAGCGAGUCUUCUCUGUAACCCACAUUAAGACGAUUCAUCAGGAGGAUGAGUUGAUCGAAAUCCAGUCAGACACGGGGACUUGGUACCAGCGCUGGGGGGUCCGGGCCCUGAGCCUGGGGGGGCAGGUUUGGGGCAAUUUCCUCUCCUGUUUUGGCCCCGAAUAUCGACGCAUCACUCUGAUGAUGAUGGGCGUGUGGUUCACCAUGUCAUUCAGCUACUACGGCCUGACUGUCUGGUUUCCUGACAUGAUCCGCCAUCUCCAGGCAGUGGACUAUGCAGCCCGGACCAAGUUGUUCUCUGGGGAGCGUGUGGAGCACGUGACCUUUAAUUUCACGCUGGAGAAUCAGAUCCACCGCGGGGGACAGUACUUCAAUGACAAGUUCAUCGGGCUGCGUCUGAAGUCAGUGUCCUUUGAGGAUUCCUUGUUUGAGGAGUGUUAUUUCGAGGAUGUCACUUCGAGCAACACAUUCUUCCGCAACUGCACGUUCAUCAGCACUGUGUUCUAUAACACUGACCUGUUUGAGUACAAGUUUGUGAACAGCCGUCUGGUGAACAGCACGUUCCUGCACAACAAGGAGGGCUGCCCACUGGACGUGACAGGGACCGGCGAAGGCGCCUACAUGGUGUACUUUGUCAGCUUCUUGGGGACACUGGCUGUGCUUCCCGGGAACAUCGUGUCUGCCCUGCUUAUGGACAAGAUUGGCAGGCUCCGGAUGCUUGCUGGCUCCAGCGUGAUGUCCUGUGUCUCCUGCUUCUUCCUGUCUUUUGGGAACAGCGAGUCAGCCAUGAUCGCCCUGCUCUGCCUUUUUGGGGGGGUCAGCAUUGCAUCCUGGAACGCGCUGGACGUGUUGACCGUUGAACUCUACCCCUCGGACAAGAGGACCACAGCUUUCGGCUUCCUGAACGCCCUCUGUAAACUGGCAGCCGUGCUGGGGAUCAGCAUCUUCACAUCCUUUGUGGGAAUCACCAAGGCUGCCCCCAUCCUCUUUGCCUCGGCCGCGCUUGCCCUCGGGAGCUCUCUGGCCCUGAAGUUGCCUGAGACUCGGGGGCAGGUGCUGCAGUGAGAGGGCCGCCGGGCUUUCGAGGGUGGCAGGCACACUGUGAGGCCAACGGCUCCUUCUCCCUCCCUGCCCUGCCAUCCCGGCCCGAGCAGCCUCACUCCCCACUCCCCUGUGUUCCGUGUCUUAGCCGUGUGUUUGUGUGUGCGCGUGCACGUGUGCAUGUGUGUGACCCCGUGGGCAGGAACUACAGGGAAGGCUCUUUCAUCCCCAUUUGGGGAUGCAGCUCUCCUCCCCACCUCCUACCCCCCGUUGACUUUGCACAGGAGAAGGCUCGGCUCCCCCUUCUCCCCCAGUGUUAGUGAGGGAUCCUAGCUUUUCCUGGCUCUAGGGGGUCCAGAACAGGCCUCCUGCCCUCCCCCUCAUCCCCUCUACCUGGGCCCUGGUGAAACCGUGGGCAUGUGGUUGUGCUGGGGGCUGGGGCUCCGUGUAGUCCAUGGACCAAAAGAACUUCUUAGAGUUGGAAGGGCCUCAGGUGCCCUCUCACAGCUGUCAGAUGCUGGGGGAGUAGCAAUAAACCUCAGCCCCCUGGCCUCCACUCCCCCCCCCCACCAAUUUGGGCUACAAGUAAGGAGCCCGAGUUUUAUGAAAUUAGCUGAUUCUUAUUUAUUUAUAUAUUAAGUUCUGAGGCAGCUCAGCAGGACUGUGUGUGUGUGAAUGUGUGUGUAACACUUCACGUAUGUGUAUGUAUGUGCCGUGGGGCGGGGUGUCACUGUCCUAAGAUAUAAGCCAAGGGUGAUCUCCGUGGAUACACACACUACCUGCCUCCCAUAGUCCCUCCCCUAAUCUUGUUUCUGGGCCAGGCCUGGGAGGGAGGAGCCCCAGGCCAGGCUAGGAUGAGUCCUGCAGUCUAGCUGGACCAAGGGCACCUGACGAGGUCCAUCUCCUCGCCUCCUCUCAAGAAGCACAGGCCUCUGGAGUGAGAGGCUCUACCCACAAUAGCACAGACAGGGACGGCACAGCUGCCCUCCCACCCCCACACCUGUCCCCUCACAGGCAGGGUAGCAGGGGAGGGAAAGAAACCAGGCAUGGGGUCAAACCAGCAGAUCAAAAAGCACAAGGAGCUGGGGCAGGGGCAGAAAGCAGGGGCCCUCCUAGCAACUCCUCUGAAGUGGGAAGAGGUUGGGCAAUAAGCCAGGGACCCCCUAAUGUGGGACCAGAAGCCUCAGUUUCCCCAUUUCACCCUUUCUACAUGAUAGCCCCGGUAAGUUAAGCUGCCCUUGUCUCACCCCACUGUGGCUGCUUUCUUUGGUGCCCUCCUGCCCCCCCACCCCCCACCGUAGCUGUGACGUGUUGUAGUUUUUAGCUGUUUGUAAAAUGUUAAAAAAAAAA